UCUGCGCAUGUGCGUGACCCGAGCUCCUUCAGAAGCAGAGUCUGGUUGAACCGGGGGGUCCGCACCACAACAGAGACUAAAAGUUGGAGCCAUGUCAGGUUUUCUGGACGGAAUCCGGUGCGGAGACUGCGAGUGUAAUGUGGACUGGGGGGAGAGGAGGAACACCAUCGCGUCUGUAGCAGCUGGAGUGCUGUUCUUCACUGGUUGGUGGAUCAUCAUCGACGCGGCAGUGAAAUAUCCUGAUCAGGGAGAGUUUCAUCACGCCUACCACACUUGUGGAGUCAUUGCUACAGUGGCUUUUCUCAUGAUAAAUGCCGUUUCAAAUGGACAAGUGAGAGGAGACAGCUACAGUGAAGGCUGCAUUGGACAGACGGGUGCACGAGUGUGGCUCUUCAUUGGCUUCAUGCUGGCUUUUGGUUCUCUCAUCGCCUCCAUGUGGAUUCUGUUUGGAGGAUUUGUGGUGCCUCAGAAGCCUGUCGUGUACCCGGGUAUUGCAGUCUUCUUCCAGAAUGCAUUCAUUUUCUUUGGGGGUUUGGUCUUCAAGUUUGGACGCACAGAGGAUCUGUGGCAGUAAGGGACUGUGUGUCUUCAUGUCCACUGUUCUACACGUUGCUUUCUAUAUUGUAUGAGACAAUAUGCUUCCCUUUAUAUAUAUAUGAAAAACUUUUUUAGCAUUAAAAUUAACAUGUUUAAUUUAAUCCAUUUGCUGUAUAAUAGCUAAAACAUAACUAAGCACAAAUUGUAAUAGAAUCAUUGUAAGUUUAAGUAAUUUCAAAUGUGGCAAAUUGUUAAAUGUAGCCUAGUUAGAAUGGUAUACAAGUUGUGUAUAACAAAAUGUGUGUUUUGGAAGAUUAACUGCUCUGAACUGUCAAUGUUUCCUUUGGGUACACUGACCGCUACGAUGCCAUUUAAUUUGAACUGUGUGGAAAUAACAUAAGUUAUUAUGAUACAAAAUAUAUCAAGAGCCAUAUUUCAAAAUACUGUACACAUACACACAUACCGAAUGUAGCCAUAUUGGGUUGUUUGUAGACACUGUCAGCUCUGAACAUCAUCCAAAUGUAUUGUUUUAUUUCACUGCUUUACUUACUCAUAUACAUUUUGCUUGUGUAACAUCCAAGGUUAUUUCGUGACAAAUAUGACAACAUUAAACAAAAACCUACUGAACAAUAAAUGACCUACAUUCA